AUGCUCGCCACGAUUGGCGGACGAUUGAUAUUGGAAAGGCUACAGCUAGUCAACGCCUCGCGAAAUAGUCACACCGUCUCUGAGAAUCUGUGCAGGCAAGACGCGAGGCUCAUCAACGACAUUGUUGAUCUCAAAAGAGAACACGACAACUACUCCGGUAGCGGUGACUGCGAGGCCAGUCUUCGUAAUAGCGGUUCUAAUGCUUCUGCACGACUCAAUGGAGAUGAAGCGCCGCCCAUCGUCUAA